GGGUUGUCAGCCGACGAGGCUGAUCUGAUGAUUCGAGAUACAUCUAUAAGACUGCUCUCCGCACAACCACGCAACGAUGUCAACAAUCAGGGUCCCCAGAUCCAUGUAUAGACCCUUUCCACAAUGUGGCCAGCCUGCCGAAGCACCGUGCUCGCGGCGUUGGCCGCCCAAGCGCUCGCCGUCACGCAAAUCACGGACGCUGACAUGCGUAACCUGCUGAACCACGACGGCGUCGAGCUGGCGGACCGCUACGCGCCGCUCUGGUUCUUCGGUCAAGCCCUGCACGCGGUGCCAUGCUACCCGACCUGGGCCUUCGGGGGCUCGCCGGACUCGCCCGACGUAUACGACGACGCGGCGCACCCAACCGCACCGGCGCCGCAAUGCGAAUACCCCGACGUGGGCUGCGGAUGCCGCAACCCGGGCGUCGACGCCGGGAACCCCGGCCCAGCGUUCCCGAUCUACUACACCGUGCAGCGGUGCAAUGAGACCGAAGUGCGCGUGGUCUACAAUCUCUUCUAUGAGAAGGACGGAGCCAAGGUGCUCGACCUCAUUGACACCGGUCAUGACUAUGACUGGGAAAGAGUCAUCAUCGUGCACUCGCGCGACGCGAACGAGCUGUGGGCGCCGUCUCGCGCACUGCUCUCCGCUCACAGUGGCUACCAUAAUCUGGCCUGGAGUCAGAUCCACAGCACGCUGACGAGCGAGGAGAUCGCGGCGGGCGACGCGCGUGCACCGGAAGGGGUGCGUGGGAAUGACCAUCCGAAGGUGUAUGUCUCGUGGUCGAAGCACGCGCAUUUCGACACCCGGGAUACGAUCUGGGUCGACCCGAUCAGCCAGUCCACGGACAAUGCGUUUCGGAGUGCUGAUUGGUGGUAUUAUGUCGAGCAGCAGUACUAUCUCCAACAAAGUCAACACCACCAAUUCCACCUCCUCCAAUACAUCUCCAUCUAUCGCAUUAGAGACACAUACAGCCCCAAAAGGAUGUCCUGGUUCCAAAAGUCCUUCACCCUCCCCUCCCGCUCGCGGGGCAGCUACCUGAUCACGGACCAGGUGGUCGCGGAGCUGCCCGAGAUCCGGGACUACAAGGUCGGGCUGCUGCACCUGUUCGUGCAGCACACCAGCUGCGCGCUCUCGCUGAACGAGAACUGGGACGAGGACGUGCGCGCCGACAUGAGCGACGCGCUGGACCGCAUCGCCCCCUACGACAAGAAGGGGACCCUGUACCGCCAUUCCGCGGAGGGGGAGGAUGAUAUGCCGGCGCAUAUCAAGUCGGCACUGGUCGGGGCUUCGGUUACGAUCCCGAUCACGAACGGUCGGUUGGCGACGGGGACGUGGCAGGGGAUCUGGUAUUUGGAAUUCCGCACGAGUCGGCACUCGCGGAAGGUGGUGGCCACCAUUCAGGGUGAGAAGGCGUGAGUUCGAGGGCUCUAGGGGGUGGUACUUCUUUGAGAUGGGUGGUAUAUAGGAUCCAGCCCACAAUUCAGACGUACGAACAACUAUGUUUCGGGUCCCG